AUCAGAAAUAGAUUGCAUAUUUGACCGAUAGCAUCAAUGAAACAUAGAAACGACAAAUUCCGUUCGUUUCACUCGGAAGUGUGGGAAGAUGUAAUAGAAAUUAUACAAUAGCAAAAAACACCACAAAUUCCAAAAGCAGUAGGAACACCAAUUCCUAAUCUAUUCUGGGCUCGAAAUUGCCGGAAAGACAGGUGACCCUGCCGAUAAUCUCUAGAAGAUUCUUCCAAAGUCAUUUUGCGUGGUGGGAAGUGCGUCAAUUAGAGAGCGUGUUUGUUUUUCGACAAAUUCCUUACACGCGAGAUCACAUAUACUUCCUAUAUAAUUUUUAAUGAUACUUCCUAUAUGCAUUGCUACCGCCCACCAACAGUACGGUUGAAAGAAAACUUGGAACGCUGUUGCUAGCAACGAAAUAAUUGUGUCUAAUAGUUGGGAAGAGUUUAAACAGCAGACGCUGGACAACCUCAGAACUGUACACAUGUGUAUAUGUGUAUACCAAGAAAUUUAAAUAGAAUUUCACAAUCAGCUGUCGUGACCUGUUCCUGAACUAUAUAUAUACUCACAACAUAAAUAUAUAUACUGGACAAAGUUAUUUCAAUCGUGGGGUCCACGCAGCAUAGGCAGUGUUCUACGAUAAUUUGUCUUGGUUGUUAUUUGAACUUCCUAAAAUAUAUUUUCUCAGUCGUGACUCGUUGGCGUGUAGACUAUAGAUACAGCACCUAGCACAGUCAUGACAAAACGAUCUACGCACAAGAACUCGACACAUCUUUGGGAAUUUUUACUGGAACUUCUGACAGAUGAGGCAUGUUCCUCGCUAAUCAGUUGGACCAAAGAGGAAGAGUACGAGUUCAAACUCAAAGAUACGGAAGAGAUUGCGAAAAGAUGGGGCAAUCGCAAACAUAGACCGAGAAUGAACUACGAGAAGCUAAGUCGAGCUCUACGGUAUUAUUACCAAAAGAACAUAAUUAAGAAGGUCAGUGGACAACGUUUAGUUUACAAAUUCGUAAAUCUGCCGUUCGACAAUCGCAAAAAAUCAAAGCACAUUAAAGAGGAAUUGCCAAACGAGAAAAAGUCGUCGCCAGAACCCACUCAUACCCAGGACGACAUCGAAACACCACGACAUCGGGAGAGAAGACCAUCAGUGAUCAAAAUGUCCGGAAAGAUUACGCCGCCAAGGGAGGUUUCCCCGGUUCCGGAAGUCAAGAAAGAAGAAAUUCAACCAAUCAAGGAAGAGCACAUAGACGUGGAACGCCUGAGCCCGCCUACUACAAGUUAUGGACCAAUUGAGCGUAUAUCCACGGUUCCUUUAUCUGUUCCUAUAACCCACAACGCACUAACUCAUAAACUUUAUAACUACCAUCAAUACCCAACUAUGGGAUAUUAUGCUAGGGGUAUACCUUUAGACCUCUAUCGUUACCACCCAUACACUGUCAUGCAGUCUCCGUGUUGCGGUCGAGUGAACAUCGCAAGCUUUCGACCGCGUUCGGUAAUCAUUCGACCAAGUGAACACUAUCCAAUUACAAACCGCUCUCCGCCACCUUUAAUAAAAGCCGAGCCCGUGGACGUGACACAAGAAGCGUCAUAGCGAUUCCUAGAAAAAGUGAACUUUUUAUAUCGGUGGAUUUCUAGGAAAAUGGAAGUGGGUGGCUAGUAAAUUUCAGAAAACCGGGUUGAAUAACGUGUUGACCCUAGCUGAUAGAGUUGAAGCCAGGAACUAAAGCAACUUGAAUUGAGAGGUCGAAUAAAUAAUUAAUUUAAUAUUUAUAGUAAGGAGUAAUUAUUUUAAAAUAGACUCUUUCAAGUGGCUUUCGAUCGUUCUAGUUUAGUUUCAUUGUAGAAGAUGAGGACGUGGCAUUUUGCUGGUGAUUUGUACAAACGCUGACUGUUCAAAACGACACACACAAUGCUGACACAAUGACGCGUGUGAAACUAUUUGUACGAGUUAGUAAAAUUAAAUUAAUGU